AUGACGACAGUAGAGAAGAUUAAAGCCAUCGAAGAUGAGAUGGCCAAAACCCAAAAGAAUAAGGCCACUUCUUUUCAUUUGGGUCAGUUAAAAGCCAAGUUGGCCAAGUUAAGAAGAGAAUUAUUGAGUGAAGGAAGUGGAAGUGGUGGUGGUGGUGCAGGUGUAGGUUUUGAUGUGGCAAGAACAGGGGUUGCAACCGUUGGUUUUGUUGGUUUCCCAUCUGUUGGUAAAUCUACAUUAUUGUCAAAACUUACCGGUACCCACUCUGAAGCGGCUGCUUACGAGUUCACAACCUUGACAACUGUUCCUGGUACUAUUAAAUAUAAAGGGGCCAAAAUACAAAUGUUGGAUUUACCAGGUAUUAUUGAAGGUGCUAAAGACGGUAAAGGUAGAGGUAGACAAGUUAUUGCUGUUGCCAGAUCAGUAAAUUUGCUUUUCUUGGUGUUGGAUGUCAAUAAACCUUUGCAACACAAGAGAAUCAUCGAACAUGAAUUAGAAGGGAUGGGUAUAAGAAUAAACAAAGAACCACCAAACAUUGUGAUUACUAAAAAGGACAAAGGGGGUAUCAAUAUUACCAACACUGUUCCAUUGACACAUUUGGACAAUGAUGAAAUCAGAGCAGUUAUGUCAGAAUAUAAAAUCAACAGUGCCAAUAUUGCUUUCAGGUGUGAUGCCACAGUGGAUGAUUUGAUUGAUGCAAUUGAAGCCAAGGCUAGAAAAUACAUUCCUGCUAUAUAUGUUUUGAAUAAGAUUGACUCGUUUUCAAUUGAAGAGUUGAAUCUUUUGACCAAAAUUCCAGAUGCCAUUCCAAUCUCCUCUGCCAACGGUUGGAAUUUGGAUGAUUUGUUACAAAUGAUGUGGGAUAAAUUAAAACUAGUCAGAGUUUAUACUAAACCUAAAGGUAAGUUACCUGAUUUCAAUGAACCUGUGGUGUUGAGAAAUGACAGAUGUACUGUUGAAGAUUUCUGUAAUUCCAUUCACAAGUCUUUGGUUGAAGAUUUUAGAAAUGCCUUGGUUUAUGGUACAUCAGUUAAACAUCAACCACAAAUAGUUGGUUUGAACCACUCUCUAGAGGAUGAAGAUGUGAUUACGAUCUUGAAGAAAUAA